UGAUUUUUUUUUUUUUUUCUUAAUAAUUUCUCAUUUACUUUCUCAUUUUUUUGCAUCAUCAAGCUUACGAUAAUAGAUGAUCUUUACUCCCCGGAAUCGUUGAUGCUUAGUGAAUACAAUUCAGACUCAGUAUAUCAAAGUAGAAAUACUCACUUUUCAUUCAAACUUUUAAUCAAUUGAACGCAAAAAAUAUAUAACUAUUCAAUAAUUUAUUACGCAGUUUUUUUUUCUUCUUCUUCUUUCAUUCUUUAAUUUAAAAAUGGAUUUACAAAAAUUUUAUUUACAAAUUAAUAGAGGUGUAAUUAGAAGACAAUCAGAAAGAUAAAAUUAAAUUUAUAUAAGUGUAAAUUUUAGUUUUUAAAAAUAUAAAUUAUUAAAUUUAAAAAAAAAAUACAACGAUUACAAAAAUUUCAUGGAUUUCAUGCAUUUUAAUGAGCUUUUUUUAUAUCUAAUAAAAUAUUGUUUAUCAAGUAAAUUGUAUAAUUACUUCAUUUUUAAUCAAAAAGAACAAUGGCUCUUGAUUUUAUUGCUGGUUGUUUUGGAGGUGGUGCUGGUUUGGUAGUUGGAUAUCCCUUGGAUACAAUAAAAGUUCACAUUCAAACACAAGAUUCAAAAAAUCCAAAAUAUCGAGGAACAUGGCAUUGUUUUUCUUCUCUAAUUUCCAGUCAAUCUACUGCUGCUCUUUAUCGAGGAAUGAGUUCACCACUAGCAGGUGUUACAAUAGUAAAUGCAAUUGUUUUUGGUGUUUAUGCACAAGUACAAAAAUCAAAUGUUGAUUCAAGCAAUUUAUCAACUCAUUUUUUAGCUGGUGCAAUUGCAGGUCUAGCACAAUCACCAAUUGCAAGUCCACUUGAAUUAGCAAAAACAAGAAUGCAAUUACAAUCAAAUAGUAAUGAUGAUAGUAUAAAAAAAUAUACUGGUGCAAUUCAUUGUUUACGUGAUAUUUAUAAACGAAAUGGUUUAAAUGGUAUAUUUAAUGGUCUUGGAAUAACAGCAUUACGUGAAACUCCAAGUUUUGGAAUAUAUUUUUUAACAUAUGAAGCAUUAACAAGACAAAAUACCGUGAUACCAAUAUCAACGCUACACAUGUUAAUUGCUGGUGGUUUAGCUGGUACUGCAUCAUGGAUAUUAACAUAUCCAAUUGAUGUUAUUAAAUCAAGAUUACAAGCUGAUGUUGAUUUUAAAUAUAAUGGUGCAAUUGAUUGUUUUAAAAAAUCAAUAAAACAAGAAGGUUUUAUAUGUUUAUUUAGAGGUUUAAAUUCAACAAUAAUACGUGCAUUUCCAACAAAUGCUGCAACAUUUGCUGUUGUUAAUUGGACAUUUAGAAUAUUUGAUGAUAAUUCAAUUAUUAAAAAUAUUGAUAUUGAUAAAACACAACAACAAAUUAAUCAUGUUCAUAAUCAGUUAAAUUAUAAUACAUUUAAAAAUAAAAUUAAUACAUUAUUAAAUUCAUUACUUGAUUCAAGUGUGUAUUCAUCAGUAACAUCUGAUGAUUCAUCAACAUCAAAUAGUGGCAAUAUUGUUGAACCUGAUACUGUUGUUUAAUUUUUAAAAAUAAUAAAACUCCUCAGGUA